GGCGGGGCGCAGGUGCCGGCUCUCGCGAGAGCGGCGGUGUGCGGCGGGAUGGUGCUGCGGCGGGUGCUGCUGGCGCUGCUGAGCAGCCCGCGCGUGGUGGAGCGGCUCGCCGAGUCCCGGCCCAUCCGCGCCGCCGCCCGCCUCACCGCCGCCGCCGUCACCCGCGGCCAGCUCAGCGCCCGACAGGCGGCGCGGGGCCUGGCCCCCUGCCUGCUGCGCCUGCGCGACGCCGUCCUCGCGGAGCUGAAGGGCGGCGCGCGGGGCUGGCCGUGGCCCCGCGGGCGCGGGGCGGGCCGGGGCGGCCGCCCCGGGGCUGCGCCCUGAGCGCUCCCGGGCCCGGGGGCAGCCGCGGGGUCGCAGCUGGCGCAGGACCCCGCCGCGAGGAGAACGAAACCGCGACCGCCUCCUUGCGCCGGAGCAGGAGGAGCGCGGCGGAGCCGGCGGCGAGCGGGCACCGGCGCCUCGGUGACGGGUUUCCGGCGGCGGCAGGGCCCCGCCAGCCUCUCCGGACCGGUCGGCGCAGGGGCGCGCUGCGGCGGCCGCGGAGGACCCGGCGUGACCCCGGCCUGCGAGGUGCGGACUGAGGCUGCUGCUGCACACACCGCGCGUCGCCAGGAGACGUCCCCGCGCCCGAGAGUGAGAAGGGGAGCGCGGCGCUCAGCGGGGCGAUGGGCUCUCGAUGCAGAGUCUGCGUGCGCCCUCCGCGGUACGCCGUAACGAGCAGAAGGCAGGCUCGCGUUAAACAUCGUCCGGAAUGCCGUAAGGAUUGUCACUUUAAGUGCUCGAUAAGAAACUCGAAAUAAACCCAUAUUUCUCACAGGA